ACAGCUGUUUAACUAAUGACCGGAGGGGGCAGCAUACGCCCAUGCCUUGUCUACUCUGCCGGAAAUAAAGAAGACGAAGAAGAGAAUUGCCCACACUCGACGCAGUUUCUGGCUGAUCUACUGUUGACAACACCGGGGGAACUAUUUCAGCCGGUUGUCAUGGAGCAAUGCUUUAGUGUCAGCAGGGAUGAUUCUGCUCCUCGCACCCCACCUCCUCCAACAUCGCCUCCUCACGUCCUCCCCUCUCCUCGUCAUCCCCCUCCUAUUCCUCCAUCCUCUCCCCUGUCAGCCCUGACUCCUUCUCCCCGACAAGAACAGCGGAGUUUGGCAGGAGCCAUGGUGGACGUCAGUAAGUGGCCCCUGUUUUCUCUGCUGAGCACUGAGGAACUAGCCACAGUUCGCCAGGCCUGUGUCUUUGGAAUCUCUGCUAAUGAAGCCAUCUACAUCACACAUGGCAAUGAGAUAUUUGUGUUUGGGUUGAACAGCAGUGGUUGCCUUGGUACAGGAGACACUCUGAGCACCAUUGUGCCAAAGAAACUGGACUUCCUGCGGGGGAAGAAAGUCGUCAGCCUUAACUACGGCAGCGGACCCCACGUCUUAUUGGCUACUGAGGAUGGAAGUCUGUUUGCUUGGGGCCACAAUGGCUACAGUCAGCUGGGGAACGGGACGACCAACCAAGGACUGUCGCCGGUGCUGGUCACCGCUAACCUACAGAACAAGAAAGUGACAGAAGUGGCAUGUGGCUCGCAUCACUCCAUGGCCCUCACUCAGGAUGGAGAGGUCUUUGCAUGGGGUUAUAACAACUGUGGCCAGAUUGGCUCAGGCUCCACAGCCAACCAGCCCUACCCCCGGAAAGUCACCGGCGGCUUGCAGGGCAAGACUGCGGUUGGCAUCACAUGUGGACAGACCUCCUCCAUGGCUCUGGCCGACAACGGAGAGGUUUAUGGCUGGGGCUACAAUGGUAAUGGCCAGCUGGGUAUUGGUAACAAUGGAAACCAGCUGACACCUUGCCGCCUCAUUGCACUCCAGGGGCUGUGUAUUCAACAGGUAAGACAACAACCUAAUGUAAAGCUGGCUGCUGAUAUUGUUUAUGCCACGGUUGAUCAAAAUGAUGGCCAUCACAUACUCGUCUCAAUGCAUGACUCACUCAUGACUCAAAUGUUCCCUGUUUUCCAGAUUGUAUCAGGCUACAGCCACUGCCUGGCACUAACAGAUGAGGGGCUGCUGUACGCCUGGGGAGCAAACACCUACGGUCAACUGGGAACUGGCAACAAGAGCAACCACCUCAGCCCUGUGCAAAUCAUGGCUGACAAAGAGAGGAUUGUAGAGGUUGCAGCAUGCCAUUCAACACAUACUUCAGCAGCCAAGACCCAAAGCGGGCAGGUGUACAUGUGGGGUCAGUGCCGGGGUCAGUCCAUCGUCAUGCCACUUCUCACGCACUUCGCCGCCACCGAUGAUGUCUUCGCCUGCUUCGCCACACCCUCCGUCGUGUGGAGGCUCAUGUCUAUGGAGCACGAUGACUUCCUCACAGUUGCGGAGGCUCUGAGGAAAGAGUUUGACAGUCCAGAAACAGCUGACCUCAAAUUCAGCGUUGAUGGCAAAUGCAUUCAUGUUCACAAAGCUGUGCUGAAGAUCAGGUGUGAGCAUUUCCGGUCCAUGUUUCGCUCCCAAUGGUCCGAGGAUCAGCAGGACGUCAUAGAGAUCGGCCAGUUCUCCUACCCCGUCUACAGAUCCUUCCUGCAGUUUCUCUACACAGACACUGUUGACCUUCCACCUGAGGACGCCAUCGGCCUGUUGGACCUGGCCACCUCUUACUGUGAAAACCGCUUGAAACGCCUGUGUCAGCAGAUCAUCAAGAGAGGAAUCACUGUGGAAAAUGCCUUCACCCUGCUGUCUGCUGCCAUACGAUAUGACGCCGAGGACCUGGAAGAGUUUUGUUUCAGGUUUUGUGUAAACCAUCUGACUCAGGUCACUCAGACUGGAGCCUUCUGGCAGGUGGACGGAGCGAUGCUCAAAGAGUUUAUCAGCAGAGCUAGCCGCUGUGGAGCCUUCAAGAACUGAGCGGUACUCCUAAUGUUUUUUACAACUUGUAAAUUAUAUUGUGACCAAGUGGACGGGGUUGUAGUCCAAGUGUAGCAGCACCAAGUGUGCGCCACUGUUCCAAAAAUGUCAGUUCUGAUCACAUUCCUAAGAACAAACGAAGCAUUGAUUUACAUAUUUACUGAAGCACAUGUUGUCACAUCAGCAGCAUCAUUCACAAGAUGUUGGACUGGAAUUUAAGCCGCAUUAUCCGUGGAUCUGAAUCAGCACUUUGGCCAAUUCCUGUUGAGUCGUUUGACAAAUUCAAGGUGGCUUUUUCUGUCACUGCAUUGUAUUCGUUACAUGCUGUAUGUAUACUUGAAUUUUUUGUUUUCUCGCCCAGUGCUUAUAUGUCCUGACAUGUCCUUCUUUACUUCUGGAAAAGUUAAUACAGGAAGACCAAAAACAUGGAAGCAAUAGAAAACUAGUUAAAAGAAUGAAGUGAACUGAAAGAGAUCUUUUGUUAAAAGCAAGGACACUAGCACCACUGUAGUGAAACACAUCUUCGAGUUACAUCUACUUACUAUUUCUGUCAUUUUCAGGCAAAAGUAGCUCCUGGAUGUGUUGAACCUUUAAAUUCAAUGCAACUCUUGAAGCUGUUGAAUCACUAAAGACAAGUCCUAUUCAGAGGUGUCAAGCAUACACAGUUGAUCCAGAUCCUACUAUGGCUGGUUAUUUUAAUUGUUCACUGUUCUGUACAUUUUGUAAGUUAAACCAGUGUAGGAUUUAUAAUAUUUUCCUUUUUAUGCUCACGUCUUGAGUAUGUUCAUUCUGCCUGAUUUAAGUUUUGUUGUGUGGCACUUUAAGAAACUACUUUGCUUUUUCUUCAUAUUCAGUAAAGCAGUAAUGGUUCAAACGCUGUGGAGGGGAAGACUAGAAAACUGAGUCAAAGAAUGUUGCACUAAAAAAUGUUACUAGCACAUUUGUUUCAUUCCUUGCAAGUGUAAAAGUUGUAAAAUGUAUCUAAGACAAGUGGUAUGUUACAGACACUUGAUAUUUAAAGAAUGACCUUAUAAUCCUUAUUUACACUAGGACCUUCAACAAAAUGAACCAAGGUGACUGUUUAUCUGUUUGCAUUUGCUCAUGUUGUUUGGGCAAACGCAGAGAAACAAGCAGGCACCCAAACUCUAAGACCAAAAUGGUUCCUUCGUAAUUCCUUUUGUAAUCUAUCACUUUUUCUUCAGGUUUCUCUGUAGAUACAAUGAAAAUACACAAUACUGAAGACACUACAGGAUAUUACAAGCACAGUAAAGUAAAGCAAAGUUUUGUUUACAUCUGUUUGCUUGGGCUUAGGAUGACCAAAAACUGCCUGCAUGUCCUAGUUUUUACUUUCUGCUGCAUCAGCGUGAGGUGAGUGUUACUGAGUAAGACUUGUGAGAUCAGUUUCUGUUUCCUCUGUUGGUUUUCUAUUUCUUGUUCUCAGAUGCUUGAAAUAACUUCUUUUCUUUUUUUUAUUUGAUUUGAACCCCUGUAGGAUCUCUGUUUGUUUUAAAGCAGUUUCAUUCAGGUUAGAAAACAAAUACAUGUGAUGCAUUGAGUUUAGGUUUCUUUUUUAGUUGAUGCUUUAGUGGGAUGAGGAACAGGUUUACAGUCUUCUUUUUAUAUGAAAAGCAAACUGGAAAGAAUAAGAUUGUUUUGCUUACUGUAUUAAGAAAAAAAUAUAUUUUUAUGAUGCUUUGUUAAGCUUAUUUACAUAGGGCACAUUUAUAAAACUGCUUGUAAUUCAAAUUGUAGUGUAAUGGUUUACUUUGAGGUGAUCAUCAUUACAAUGUUGUCAUUUGUAUGACUGUUCUUUUGCUGUGACAUUUUAUUUUACAUUGUUUUUUUAUAUUUAGUUAUGGGAUGACAUGAUUCUGUGAAGAAAUAAAUAACUCUAAACUCUG